CUAACCUAAAUUGAACGAUGUCUUAUUUUUGUAAACAUAAAAUUGGCAGACAAUAAGUAUUACGUUUUUAUAAUCCUUGAAAAUGGAAGAGAAUCCUGAUUUAUAUAGACUCCAAGGUAGCGAUAGCACUGAAACGGGUGGUUUGAUUAUCGCUAAAAAGAAACCCUCGGAUCAUGUUUUUAAGAAACCUCAGACAUCUAUUUUUGGACUUGACAAGCUUGCGGAACAAAAGCGAAGAGAAAAUUCAGUAGAUAAUCAUUAUGCCAAGGAUAGAAGGUAUAGAACCCACGAAGAAGAAACUCCAACGUACACCGGUGGAGUCAAUAAAAGCGCACAAGAUAAAUUGGAUGCGAGAUUGAAACAUCAAAGGUUCGACAAAAAUGUUAAAAAUCGAGAUCGAGAUAAAGACAGAAGGAAAGAUAGGGAUAAAGAUAGGAAUAGAAACAGAGAGAGAGAUAGAUAUGGAGGUAGCUACAGAGAUAGAAAUAGGUAUGGGGACAGUGCUAGGGAUAGGAGUAGCCACAGAGAUUGGACGUUACGAUUCAAAGAUGAGCCUCAGACACCAAAAUAUAGAGUGAAGGAUUCGACAUCCAGAACUAAUUGGGACGACGACGACGACGACGAUGAACCUAGAAGAAGAUCGAGUUGGGAUCAUCCAACUCCAAAUUUAUAUAGCAGUAGAGAUAUAAGGGAAAGUAUUAGAAGUGAAUUUACACCGUCGUAUAAAUACAAUAUUUGGGCGAAAGAUCGUAAAACAACCGGUGCUACUCCAAUAGUGGAUAACGAAGAAAGAGAAUUAUGGGAACAAGAACAGAGGAGGCUUGAUCGUGAGUGGUACGGACUAGGCGAUGACGAAGGUAGGCAUUUCGAUAAUGUUUCCGAAGAAUAUACUCAAAAGAAAGAGAUGGAAUUAGAAGCGAGAAAACAGAAGCGAGUAUCCGCGCAACAACGGCAAAUAAACAAAGAUAACGAGUUAUGGGAACGUAACAGAAUGUUAACUUCUGGAGUCGUUAGCUCAUUAGAUCACGAUGACGAUUUUGACGAUGAAGGUGAAACAAGAGUUCACUUACUAGUGCACAAUGUUGUUCCACCAUUUUUGGAUGGCCGAAUUGUUUUCACAAAGCAACCCGAACCUGUGAUACCUGUGAGAGAUCCAACCUCUCCCAUGGCUUUAGUAGCGAGGAAAGGUUCUGUUCUAGUACGUGCUUAUAGAGAACAAAAGGAGCGCAGACGCGCGCAAAAGAAGCACUGGGAAUUAGCUGGAACUAAUCUUGGAAAUAUUAUGGGAAUAAAUGAUACUCGAAAAGAAGAUAAAGAAGCACCGGGACAGGAGACAGAUUAUAAAGCUGGCCAAAAAUAUGCCAAUUACAUUAAUGAUGAGAUAGUAGUAGAAGGUAGAUACAAAAGGAUUCAAGAACAAAGAAGAAGACUUCCUGUAUUUGCCGUUAGACAAGAACUACUUAAUGUUAUUAGAGAAAAUAGCGUUGUAAUUAUCGUUGGUGAAACUGGUAGUGGUAAGACUACUCAGUUAACACAAUAUUUACACGAAGAUGGAUAUAGUAAAAAUGGUAUGGUUGGUUGUACUCAACCAAGAAGAGUGGCAGCUAUGUCUGUUGCUAAAAGAGUGUCAGAUGAAAUGGAUUCUAAUUUAGGAGAGAAAGUUGGUUAUGCUAUUCGAUUUGAAGAUUGUACAUCUAAAGAGACAAUCAUCAAAUAUAUGACUGAUGGUAUCCUGUUGAGAGAAAGCUUACGCGAAGGAGAUUUAGAUCACUACAGUGUCAUUAUUAUGGAUGAAGCUCAUGAACGUUCUUUAUCCACUGAUGUUUUAUUUGGAUUAUUGAGAGAUGUUGUCGCAAGACGUCAUGAUCUUAAGCUGAUCGUUACUUCCGCCACUAUGGAUUCAACCAAGUUUUCGUCGUUUUUUGGCAACGCAGCUACCUUUCAGAUACCAGGUCGUACAUUUCCCGUUGAAACAAUCUUUAAUAAGAAUCACGUUGAAGAUUAUGUGGAGGCCGCUGUUAAACAAGUUAUGAAUAUUCAUUUACAACAUCAUAUCGGCGAUAUUUUGGUUUUCAUGCCAGGUCAAGAAGAUAUCGAGGUGACUUGUGAAGUCUUAAAAGAACGUUUGGGCGAGAUCGAGGGGGCUGCACCUCUUUCUAUUUUGCCCAUUUACUCGCAAUUGCCAUCCGACUUGCAAGCGAAGAUUUUUCAACAGGCAAAAGAAGGACUCCGUAAAUGUGUCGUGGCGACAAAUAUAGCUGAGACAUCCUUGACCGUUGAUGGUAUUGUCUUUGUGGUUGACUCCGGAUACUGUAAGCUCAAAGUCUACAAUCCACGUAUAGGUAUGGACGCGUUGCAGAUAUAUCCUGUAUCGCAAGCUAAUUCUAAUCAGAGGUCUGGUCGAGCUGGAAGAACUGGUCCCGGUCAAUGUUUUCGACUAUACACCGAAAGACAAUAUCUUGACGAAUUGCUAACGACCGGUGUACCCGAGAUUCAAAGAACGAAUUUAGCGAAUACGGUGUUGCUGCUCAAAUCGCUGGGUGUACAAGAUUUGCUUGCUUUUCACUUUAUGGAUCCACCGCCUCAGGACAAUAUCCUGAAUUCGCUAUAUCAACUGUGGAUACUAGGCGCCUUGGAUAAUACCGGCAGACUUACGCCUUUGGGACGACAAAUGGCUGAGUUCCCAUUGGAUCCACCUCAGUGUCAGAUGCUUAUCAUUGCUUCGAAACUCGGCUGCACAUCCGAGAUCCUCAUCAUCGUGUCAAUGCUCUCAGUGCCGUCAAUAUUUUACAGGCCUAAAGGACGCGAGGAAGAUUCCGAUUCCGCUAGAGAGAAAUUUCAGGUGCCGGAAUCCGAUCAUUUAACGUUUUUAAAUGUUUAUAACCAGUGGAAGACAAAUGGCUACUCCAGCUCUUGGUGCAACGACCAUUUUAUCCAUGCAAAGGCUAUGAGAAAGGUCAGAGAAGUAAGGCAGCAGUUGGAAGAAAUUUUGAAGCAACAAAAAAUGGAGGCAACGAGUUGCGGCACGGAAUGGGACAUUGUGAGGAAAUGUAUUUGCUCAGCUUAUUUCCAUCAGGCCGCGAGGCUUAAAGGUAUUGGCGAGUACGUCAAUUGUCGUACGGGUAUGCCAUGCCAUCUUCAUCCUACUUCCGCUUUAUUUGGAAUGGGAUUCACACCGGAUUAUGUGGUUUAUCACGAGCUUGUAAUGACAGCCAAAGAAUAUAUGCAAUGUGUGACGGCUGUUGAUGGAUAUUGGCUGGCCGAAUUGGGCCCAAUGUUCUUUAGUGGUCGGGCGAAGAAACAAGCUCUUCAGCAUUUGAACGAAAUGGAGCACCAAAUGAAAGAGGCCGAGAUCGAGAUGAAAGCAAGAGCUCAGGAGCAGCUCGAGCGAGAGCAAGCCUCCGUUAGAAAACAAGAAAUAUUAACUCCUGGAAUGAAAGAACCCGGAACUCCUGUCUCAUAUCGUAAAACUCCAGCACGUUUAGGGUUGUAAAUAUUCUUAAUAUACGUAAAAAUCAUGAAUAUUUUUAUGUAAAUUUUAUUUAAA